UCUCUCAUCUUUCACUUCUGAAACUGGAUAUCUCGCAAAGCAAUUACUGAUAAUUGCUACACGCGUCAGCUAUAUUAUAGCAAAAAUACACCGUACGGACACGGCUGAUUUGUGGUUAGAUAACGCGCAGGUCGAUCGAGUUCGAAGAGGUCUUCUGUGAUCUUCAAGCAGUUCCGCGUCGAAUAUAAUGUUGCAUUCCGAAUAGUCGACAUUGCGGAAUGAUGCUCCGAAAAUGCGACGAAAAUGGACGUAUUACGCGUUGAAGCGGUUUUAAAUAGCGUCGCGCGAUAGUGCAACGUAAAAGUGAGUAUCUUGGUAUUGCCGGUUUUCCUCAUCAAUAAGAUAAGUCGCAAGUUACUACAAAAAUGUCCGUGGCCUUCGCACAACGCGGCAGACCUCCUCCAAAUCCCGCCCAAUUACAGAAGAUGCUCGAUGAGAAUGGUCAACUUAUACAAAUGAUUCAAGAGUAUCAGAAUAAGGGCAAAGUGCAGGAAUGUUUACAAUAUCAGCAAAUAUUACAUCGCAAUUUGAUAUAUCUGGCGUCUAUGGCAGACGUUAACCAAAAUCUUCAAACCUUAUUGCCUCUACCUCAAGGUAUUCCUAAUGGUCCUCAACAUGGUAUGAUGAACCCACAAGGACUUCCAAGUGGUCCGGGUGGUACAGCCGGUCCUGGAGGAGAAAUGCCUCCAAAUACCCAACCUACCAUGCCGAUGUCGACUUUUAAUCAAGGCCAACCAAUGGCACAAGGUGGUUAUCGUGGACCUGUGAUGCCCGGCCAAGGACCUACUAUAGUAAAUAGGCCUACAACUGCACCACCAGGUCCACAACAAUACAGAGGUCCGCAAGGUUAUCCUCAACAGCCUUCUCAGCAAGGUUACCCUGCUCAAUACACGAGUCAGAAUCCUGGCUCGAACUAUCAAGGACCGCAAGGAUCUGCAUACACUCCUGGUCAGCCAAAUCAGUACGGACCGCCCAACACCUCUCAGCAACAAGGAUACAGCGCGGCGACUCAGCCAAAUUAUGGUCCUCCGACUACGGUGAACAGCUAUGGUCCACAACCAGGCGGUUAUCCACCGCCGGGGACGCCUCAGCCACCCUCGGGAUACGGGCCGCCACCGCCCAAUCAGCAAGGUUAUCCGCCUUCUAACACUGCACAGCAGAAUUUCUCAUCAGGUAGUCAACAACAACAACCAGGACAAUAUGGCAGCCCUAGUCCACAACCAAAUUAUCAGCAGCCUCCGUCCCAAGCGCCACCUCAAAACGCGUACGCUGCGGGACAACCCGGGAGUUACCCCCCUCCCUCUUCACAGGCAUAUGCGAACAAUGUCCCACCACAAAAUUACCCACCGCCCCCGACAACCAGCGCGACUCCCCCACAACCGGGAUCUCAGCAAAACGCGGGCCCGCAGCCCAACUAUGUUAGCCAACCGAGUCCAGGUCCCGGCGCGACGCAAUACGGUCCUGCAUCUACAUCACCGCCAUUUAGCACCUCCUCCGCGACCGUCGGCAAUACUUACGCCCAGAGUCAGCCGACGAGCACACCGUCCGCCUCGACGCAAACGUAUCCGCCGAGUAGCGGUCCACCGCCGACGUCGCAGGGUGGAAGCUACGCCCCUCCGGUGCCGCCGGCCCCCUCAGGGUAUCCCGUUCAUCAAACACCCCAUCCGACAUCGCACCCCCCGCAUCCACCGCCGCCACACCAGUCACCUCAUCAGCCACCGCACGCCCCGCAUCAGCCGUCUCACCAGCCAUCCCAUCAGACCUCUCAUCAACCGCCCUCACAUCAAUCACCACAUCAACCACCACAACAAUCUCAGCAACAGUCACAAACAGCUCCGCAGACGCAACAGCAACCGUCUCAAAGUCCAGCGCCGAGUGGGUUUCAACCACCGUCCGGUCCGCCGCAAGGUCCUGCCCCGCCGCCAGGCCCUCAACAACAGCCAGCCUAUGGGCCUACUACUACGCAGACGUAUGUUCCACCGACACCAGGAGGACAGCCACAGAUUUAUAGUCCUCAUCCACCACAAGGAGGACAACACUAUGGACAUCCGCAGUAUCCUCCUCAAAGUUAUCCUCCACCGCCAGCAGGACAAGGAUAUCCACAGUAUCCUCCUCGACCACCUGGUGGACAUAUGCCUCCACCACCUGGACCACAAGGACCACCUCCGCCCAAUCAGUAUGGAGGUUACGGUUAUCAGCCACCCACACAAUGAAAAAUGACAAUGUAAAUUUAUGUAUGCUAAAUUUACAUUUAAAGGGUAUUUUUAUUUCAAUCUUUAUUUACUUUCUUGUGUGGAUACGUUCAUGUAUUUGAUUAAUUUAAGUUCAAAAUAUUUAUAAUGCUUUCAACAAGUGUUUUUUAUAAAUAUGCGAAUUUAUAUAUAAUCAAGUAUAUACAUCAUUUUUUGUAAAAACUCGAACUUGAGUUAUUUACAGUUAUUUUGAUAAUUUUUCAAUAUUUCCUUAGUAAUUUAAUACAUUCAUAAUGUGUGACGAAAUAAUCUGUUUUACAUUAUGUAUGUAUAUAUACUUAUACUAGGUUUAGAUUGGUAAAAAAUUAAAUCUCUUUUUCUUUAUAUUGCUAUUAAACUUUGAUGAACCGUGUAUGCCAAAUAUUUUAAACGGCUUUUAACUUUUACAGCGUAUAAUGUGAAAAACAUACAUAUAGAAAUGCUAUAAUUUAUUAAAGUUUAUUUUUACAUUUGAUUAGAUUAGAUUUGAGAAUUUCAAAUUUUAUUUUUAUUAUGAAUAUACACCUAAUUUUGUAUUAAUAUAUUUAAAGCAUAAACAAAAGUUAAAGAUUAGACGAUUAUAAUGCAGUGGUACAGAUAUAUUAAAUAUAAAAUUACAAAUCUUUAUUCUGAUUUUCAUUUAUAUUACUUAUAAUUAAUAUUACAAGAUUUAAUUUUAUUAUUGGCAUAAUAUAAAUGUGAAUGUAAAUUUUUCCAUUCGACAGGUAGCUCUAAUAAGAUUCGCGUUAUGUGAUCUUAUCAUACCCUGUAACUAUCCCAUAACUAUUUUUCGAGGGAAAAAUGUUGACAAAUGUACAAAUAAAGUAUCUUGUUCAAGCUUUCAACAUAAUUUUAGAUAACAUAAAUAAGUAAAAAGUAAAUUAAAUGAUAUAUAAAAUAGCUAUAUAACAGGUUGUACAAGCAUAUUGUAAAAGAAAAGAUUUAUUAAAUAUUUAAAAAAUCCUCUGUUUUGCAAAUUUAGGCUCACAUUACUUUUUAUAUUUGACAUUAGUAAUUUUAGGUAUAAAAUAGGUAUAAAAUCUCAGUGAAUAAAUGUGCAUCUUUGUACAUGGUACUCGUAUGAAAAUGUGAAUUCGUUAAAAUCUUCACUGUAUAAAUAAAUCAUAGGGAAAAUGUUAAACAAAGGUGUUAAGCUACAAUUCGUCUCUGAAGUUUAAAUUGCUAAGAUGACACGGACAAGAAUGACUAGGUUGUGGUACUUCUUCCAUGUUAUUUAGUACUUCAAUUUUACUCUUUAAGCGUUUACUCCAUUCCUGAAAUAUAAAAGUUAUAUUAUUGGCAAGAUGUAUUCGAAAAAAAAAUAUAUAAAAUAGGGCUUUCUCACACGUACACACAGACAUACACAUACAUGAAAUAAAACUGUAUAGUAGCAUAAUAUAUCACGUGGUAAUAAAUUGUCCCUUGCAAAUUGU